CGGGCACGGGGCAGGAUGUCGGGCUGUGAUUGGUCGGUGGCGGAGGCGCGUCAUGGGUUGACCCCUGACCUGCCCCGGAGGGGCCGGCAGGGUGAGGCGAUGCUGCUGCUCGGUGGCCGCUGCGGUCUGAGGGCGGCCGCUUCCCGGCUGGGGGGCGGCUUCAGCACGCUCAAUCGUCCGUGGAAGCAUUGUGUGGUGAGGCGGGGGAAGAGUUCUGUUGUCACAAAUGCCACAGCGCAGUCUGGUGCUGCCUCUGUACCCAAUGCCGCCACCAACAGAAUCCUGGGGAAGUGGAUGAUUGCAUGCAGCGGGAUGGUCGUUGGGGCUGUGGUCCUCGGUGGAGUAACCAGGCUGACAGAGUCUGGCUUAUCGAUGGUAGACUGGCACCUGAUCAAGGAAAUGAAACCCCCAAGCACUCUGCCGGAGUGGGAGGCAGAGUUUCAGAAGUACCAGCAAUUCCCAGAGUUUAAGAUAUUAAACCAUGACAUGACUCUGAAUGAGUUCAAAUUCAUCUGGUACAUGGAGUAUUCCCACCGGAUGUGGGGUCGGGCAGUGGGGUUGGCCUACAUCCUGCCAGCCAUCUACUUUUGGAGGAAGGGCUGGUUCUCAAGGAGCUUGAAGCUGCGAGUGGCAGGCCUCUGUGGGUUUGUGUGCUUUCAGGGUUUGCUGGGCUGGUUCAUGGUGAAGAGCGGCUUGGAGGAGAAAAAGGAUUCGUACGACAUCCCCCGGGUCAGUCAGUACCGCUUGGCCGCACAUCUGGGAUCGGCAUUGGUGCUGUACUGUGCCAGUCUGUGGACUGGCCUGUCCCUCCUCCUGCCCCCCUACAAGAUGCCGAAUACUCGCCAGAUGAUGCUGUUCAGGCGAUUUGCUCAAGGCACCGGUGGACUUGUUUUUGUAACUGCGCUCUCAGGGGCUUUUGUUGCUGGCCUGGAUGCUGGACUUGUUUACAACUCCUUCCCCAAAAUGGGAGAGCGUUGGAUACCUGAUGACCUUUUGGCCUUUUCCCCAGCUCUCCGAAACUUCUUUGAGAACCCAACCACCGUUCAGUUCGAUCACAGAAUCCUGGGUAUUGCCUCAGUGACAGCAGUGACCAUCCUCUACGCACUUUCCCGCAGGAUGCCGUUGUCCAGGAGAACUAGAGUGGCUCUUUCAUCGCUGAUGGCCAUGGCUUACCUGCAGGCUGCUUUGGGAAUCAGCACCCUGCUGCUCUACGUCCCCACCCCACUGGCAGCCACCCACCAGUCGGGAUCCCUGGUGCUGCUCAGCUUGGCGCUGUGGCUGAUCCACGAGCUCCGCAGAAUCGCAAAGUGAAGCCAGAGGUGCCCUUCUAACACACGGCAGGCACGUUGUACUCCAAAGAGUGCUCCAACGUAGAUGGCAAUCAUUGACUGAGCAGUUUGCUGCAACCUUGAAUUUUGGGAAGAGGACAGUAUCUGAGUAAGAUAUUCGUAUGCACAUCGCACUCAGCUGGUGGUUGUGCAGUGGUUUCUCUUGGCUGUUGCAGCAUUGUUUCUCUAGGUUUCCUUUUAAUGUGGCUGGUGGAGAGAGAGAAAAUAUUUAUAUAUAACUUGAUAGUCCAAACUAAAGAAUAUAGACUAUAAGUACGGUAGAUCUAUCCUGUCAUUCCAAGAUAUAAAACCAUAAGAUAUAGGAGCAGAAUUAGGCCAUUUGGCCCAUUGAGUCUGCUCUGACAUUCAAUCAUUGCUGAUCUUUUUUUCUCCCCAGCCCCACUUUCCUGCCUUCUCCCUGUAACCCUUAACCCCCCCCCCCUUACCAAUCAAGAACCUAUCAAUCUCUGCCUUAAAUAUACACGGUGACUUGGUCUCCACUGCCCUCGGUGGCAAUGAAUUCCACAGAUUCACCACCCGCUGGCUGAAGAAAUUCCUCCUUGUCUCAGUUCUAAAGGGACGUCCCUUUAUUCUGAGGUGUGCCUUCAUAUUCCAGACUCUCCUAAUGGAAGCAUCAUCUCCACAUCCACUCUAUCCAGGCCUUUGGGUGUCUGGUAGGUUCCAAUGAGGUGCCCCCCUCAUCGUUCUGAACUUCGAGUACAGGCCCAGAGCCAUCAAACGCUUAUAGCAGGUAAUGUUAGAAUUGCAACGAACAAUCUGCUGAAGGGACUCAGCGGGUUGAGCAGCAUCUGUGGGAGGAAAGGAAUUUUUGUCCUGAAUUGUUGACAAUUCCCAAUUCUCCCUCCCCCCACAGAUGCUGCUCGACCCACUGAGUUUCUCCAGCAGGUUGUUGCUCCAGAUCCCAACGUCUGCAUUCUCUGGUGUCUCCAAUGUUGCAGUUGCUAUCUGUUGAUUUUGUCACUGGGCUAGCUUCAGUAUAUUGUUCUACAAUUACACUGUUUGUCUGCUAUAACUUUUAAGUUUCAGUCCACCUCUUAAAGUUGUUCAGGGCUUAAAGUUGUUCAGGGCUAGUGAAGGGCUUGCUCUCGGCCAACACACUUUGCAACCGGAAACCAUUGCCACACAAUGCAGCUGUCCUACGUUUCAAGAGGAAAGUAUUCCAUUGUGUUUUUCUGAAAUGUAAUAAUUUAAGGUCUAAUCAACUGGAACGUGACCAGAAAUCAUUAAUAGUGAAUAUUUCUUGUAUAUUGUGAUUAAUUAAAAAUCAAUAUUUUACAAUA